AUGGAGGUCGAUAAUGGCACUAUUCUCGAUGAUGCAGUGGAUUCUCAAGCAUCUCAAGCGUCAACUACUUCGGGAUCCUCGCUAGCAAUACAGUUUUCACUAGAUGAUUUACAAGAAAAUAGUGCCCAACUUCCUCAACCUCAAUCACCAGAAACGAUCAGAAAAGAGGGAAAGGCAAGACGGUUGAAUAGACGAUUGGCUUUGGCAAAUUUACAACUUCCUAAGUUAAGCGUCAAGGAGGACUGCGUGAUUGACCUCUGUACUGAAGAGGAUAAAGCUGAGGAUCUUGCUUGGUUCAAGAAGAAAUUUCCCACUAUUAAAACGGACAAGCUAGACCCAAAAAUCAAUAAGGAGCCUAGCCCUUCGAAAAACCAGCAAUUUCCUCACAGCGUUGCCACCCAACGUGCUCUUAAACAAGAUCUUGAGAAAAAGUUGGCCAAAAGGAGAAAAGCUGAAAUGGCAAAACGGAGGGAGUUGUAUAUGGAAGAUAAUGAGGAUCUUUUACUAGAGGAUGAGGAGGAGGAGGCUGAUACCAAAAAGUCCAUCAAGCCUAAGAAACCUGUGAAAAAAUCCUUGGGUAGUGACGAUGAUAGCGAAGAGGAUGAGGAUUACAAUGGUGAUGAUGAAGAGGAGGAGGCUGAUGGAAGUGGAUCUGAUUCAGAUAUGUCUGAUGCUAGCGACGUUGAUGAAGAUGGCGUUGAAGAUGUCACGGAGGAGUCUAAUGAAAAGGCUGAUAAAACCAGUGAUGACUUGCCGGAGUCUGUCGAUUUGUUCGAUGGCGCCACCGCUGGCAGUGUGAUUAAGGAGAACCACGGCCAUACAAACGACCUGUCUUCAAGUCUAACUGAAAAGGCUGAUAAUGAAUUAAAAAGACCUGCUGGAUGUGCUACUCAGGUGGAUGCUUCUAACUCGAUGGUUUCAUUUUUAAUGAAUCUCUUAUGUUUGAAGUAUGGCGUUCAUCGUCGCAUUGCUUGCUUUAUUGCAGAGUUCGUCAAUAUCGGUAGCUUCAGUGAUAUGGACCCGUUUAAGGACGCUUGUGAAGAU